AUGGACCGCUCAGCGCCAAUGGGGCCUCGGGCUCCCCAUGAACGCAGCGCUGCAUACGAGGACAUAUUUGGUCGCCGACCUGCCCAACAACGGCCUCCCCCAUCUUCUUCGUCGGCCUACUACCAACCUCAUUAUCCGCAUUUCCAACAACAGCCUGCCCAUUAUCAGUACCCUCAACAAUACGGCCAGCCCCAAUAUCAACAACAGGCCUAUCUCCAGCCACAACAACAAUACUACAACCCCUCCGUCCAUAGUUCCCAACAGCAUCCAGGCUACCACCCUGGAGUCAUCACCCAACCCCCCGACAGGCCGCCAGACUCGAGAGGACUGACUCCGGCGCAAGCAUAUCAGGCUCAAGUUGCCUAUGGGUCAGGCUGGGCAGAUCGGAAUACCCCGAGCCCAGCGCCUUCAACAAACGGCCACCCUAGACAUCAUGCUACCGCACCACCGGCGCUGAGUAUUGCAAUUGGCGAAGGUUCAGGAAGGCUAGGACUCAAUUUUGACUCGGGUUUUACCGAGAGUCCGGUGUUGGCGAACGGAAGCGGGAAUGGGAAUGCGGUCGAGGUGGUCGAAGAAGACGACGAUGAAGAGAGCGAGCUUCCAUGGGCAAGACGUGAGUCGUUCUAUGUAGCAACACCUUCACCAAAACAACCGCCUCCGCAAUAUAUUCAAGCACCACCGCCCAAGCGAUAUCCUCAACCACAUCAAGGCCAUCGGAUUUCGAGCGCAUCCGACACCCCGCCGCAAUCACUCCGCUCUUCUGUUGCGAGUUCAUCACCUGUCUCAAUCGACCACGAGCCAGUUGGUCACAGCAACGGCUACGCCACGUCGCAGCUGUCUGGGACAACUCUGGCCUCCCGUCGCUCCUCUGAAGCGUCGCGAAACUUACCUCGAUUGAUGGGGCCGAGGCGAGAGCGAACGGCACAAGAUAGGGCAAUGAGCAUGUCCGCUGUUAGUUCUAAUACGCCAAUAUCUCCAAUGGCAGGCUCUUCAGCAUCUUCCCUUCCGACCAUCGCAUCUGCUUCCAACAAGAAGCCCAGGACGCCUAUAGUCUACCCUGCGAUGCUCUCACGAGUCGCCGAAGCAUUUCGGGCCCGUGUCCCGGUCAACGACCGUGUCAAAGAUGGCUUAACAUAUCACGAUGCAUUCGAUGGGCGGGAGGCAGUCGAUCGAAUAGCCCAUAUCAUCAAGACAACAGACCGUAACCUUGCUCUACUCCUUGGACGGGCUCUCGAUGCCCAAAAGUUUUUUCAUGAUGUGACUUACGAUCAUCGGUUGCGGGACAGCGUUACGGAGCUGUACCAGUUUCGAACCAAGCUACCAAGCCCAUUCGCUAGUGGAGAGGUAGCAUCCGGAACCGGAACGAAUGGUUCUGCUGCGAAGCUCCUUGGGGCCCCUGUGGAAGGAAUCUUGUCGCCGGAUUCGUUUGACGCGCCGACCACGAUUGAUCUGGGUCAUGAAACGGAUGAGGAAGAGGAGUUACCGUUACCAACGGGUGUGUUCACACUGUUGGCUGACUGCUACAGCCCAACAUGUAGUCGAGAUCAGCUAUGCUACAGCAUAGCGUGUCCGCGACGGUUAGAGCAGCAGGCAAGGCUGAAUAUGAAGCCACAGCCCGGGCUAAGGAAGGAACCCUCACAUGAAUCUUUGCACGACAAUGAUACUGAUUCGGCGACAUUAUGGAUCCACUCUGUCCCUGCGGAAAUCAUUGCCAGCGUCAGCGAUACCGAGAAAAAGCGACAAGAGGCCAUAAACGAGGUCAUUUACACCGAACGCGACUUUGUGCGAGACAUGGAGUAUUUGAGGGAUAUGUGGGUUGCACGGCUGGCAGCGGCAGAUAUCAUUCCUACAGAGCGACGUGAACAGUUCUUGAUUCAGGUGUUUUGGAAUGCCCACGAUAUCAUCACGGUAAACACCAAGCUACGAGACGCCCUCAACAAACGACAACGAGCUUAUGCUGUGGUCGAGAAGAUUGGAGAUAUAUUUCUUGACGCUAUUCCGCAUUUUGAGCCGUUUGUGAGCUACGGAGCUCACCAACUCUAUGGUAAAUACGAGUUUGAGAAGGAGAAGAGUUCAAACCCGGCGUUUGCGGCAUUCGUGGAGGCAACGGAACGUCUUCCUGAAUCUCGGAAACUUGAGCUCAAUGCUUAUCUUACCAAACCAACCACUCGAUUAGCUCGUUACCCAUUACUUCUCGAAGCUGUUCUCAAGCAUACGCCCGACGACUCACCUGACAAGCAUGUUAUCCCCCAAGUUGUGGCACAAGUUCGCGCGUUAUUAUCGAGGGUCAACGAGGAAUCUGGUCGGGCAGAGAACAGAUUCAAUCUCGCACAAUUGGACUCGCAGCUAGUAUUCAAACCUGGCGAGAAAGUUGAAUUGCGACUACAAGAGGAUGGUCGGGAGUUGGUCUACAAGGGUAUUCUUAACAAGCGCGAUGGAGAGUUGCAGGUUUACUUGUUUGAUCAUGCACUACUAUUUGCCAAGCUGGUCAAGACCAAGACGCACGACAUAUAUCGUGUAUACCGACGGCCUAUUCCAUUGGAGUUGCUUCUUGUAACAGCGUCCUCAGACGAGACCACCAACAGCAAGGACACCCUACGCGGUCAACGGACACGACAAUUAGUUCGACGAGGCUCUUUUGUCAGACCUGAUGCCAAGGGCCCUAACUGGAUAAAUUUCUCGCAUCUGGGCCGGAAGAUGUAUAGUUUGGUGCUUUGGGCUGGUUCACCACUCGCACAGCGCAAAUGGAUGGACAACAUCAUCAAACAGCAAGUGGCCAUGCGUGAACGGAGUACCGUGUUCGACACAAUUGCGCUCAGCGAAGGGUUUUUCGUUGCGAACAAGGUCAAUUGUGCGGCGCCAUUCAGUGCUGGUCGAAGGAUUGCAUAUGGUACCGACGAUGGGGUUUAUUUCUCCGAUCUCCGGGAAAUCAACAAAGACCCUGUCAAGGUUUUGGCUCUGCAAGAUGUCACGCAGGUGGAUAUUCUUGAGGAUUAUCAACUGCUCAUCGUUCUAUCUGAACGACAAGUGUUCACAUUCCCUCUGGAAGCAUUAGACCCAAAAGAUCCUAUGGCGGGCCACAAACGAAUGAAACGUAUUGCAACUCAUACAUCCUUCUUCAAAGCCGGAUUUUGUCUUGGUCGGGUGCUUGUUUGCAUCGUCAAAUCGACGCAAUUGUCAAGUACAUUCAAGGCUCUGGAACCCAUCGAGCAGAAUGUUCGUGGUCGAGCGAAACCAACAUUCAAGAAGCUUCUCCAAGGUGGUAACGACACACUCAAACCAUUCAGGGAAUUCUACAUUCCCGUGGAGUCAACAUCGAUACAUUACCUCAAAACUAGGCUUUGCAUCGGAUGCUCAAAAGGCUUUGAGAUUGUUGACCUGGAAUCGCUGGAAACGCAAGGCCUGCUAGAUCCUGCCGACGAGUCACUCGAAUUCGUUCGCAAACGCGAAAACCUUCGGCCAAUGGCAAUCUAUCGUAUUAACAAUGAGUUCCUGUUGUGCUACGAUGAAUUUGCUUUCUACGUGAACAAAACAGGACGGCGGUCAAGAAAGGACUUUAUGGUAUUUUGGGAAGGCACGCCCACUGGUUUUGCGCUUCACGAGCCAUACGUGCUUGCCUUCGAGCCUUCAUUUGUCGAGAUCCGGCAUAUCGAGACUGGACUGAUGUCGCAAGUGAUCCAAGGCUCGAAUCUUCGGCUCUUGUUCGCCGAUACUCCUCCCUCUGUGAAUAAUGGUGGUGGAGCACCUGGUUUUGGAUACGCCCAGCAGCCAUAUGACCCCUACAGCCCUCCUGGGUCUGCAAACAGUCGUGUGUCUGCUUAUGGGGGCGGCGGCGGCGGCUACGGCAUGCCUCCCUAUAUGCAGCAGUAUCCCAACCAAUAUCCUCACCAAGCCCCAGUCCCUCCCAGAUACCCUCAGGGCGUUGGUCGCGACGAGAUUCUGAUGGUAUCAGAUGACCGCGUUCUGGCGCUUCGCACGUCGGCUGGCCCGCAACGGUUCAUGUCUGAUAAUGUUUCGAUGAUGUCCAUUCCCCGCUAG